AUGACUGCUCAUACCGUCCCUCUUAUCUGUGGCCCUUUGACGAAUCAAGCCGUACAGUUUGCUUAACAAUCAUAAAGUCAUCUGGCAGACAUGAAACUUGCAGAUCAACCAUCCCAAGACUGUGGUUUAGAAGUAUGUGCCUUAGUUGGCAACGAUUUCUAUUGGUCUUUCUUCACUGGAGACACGAAACGGGGGGAAUCAGGAUCUGUGGCGAUGAUGAUGAGUCUUGGAUGGGUGUUAUCUAGUCCUUUGCCCCCAAAAACAGGUUCAGAUACUGACGAUCGUUUAGUCACAAGCCAUACCUUGCGGCUAGACACCUCCUCAUGUGACGACACUGUUACCGAAAAGAGAAUUUACGAUCGGCUGCUGGAACAAGUGAAAAAUUCUGGGAGUUAG